CCGCUUCCCCAGGGCUUUAAGACGAAGCAGAGCCGAGCGAGGGCCGAGGGGAGGGGAGAGCACCCGGCCAGGCAGGAGCAGGGGCCGGAGCAGAGCGCUGCGGGCAGGAGCAGCAAUGGGGGACGCCUUCAUCCGGCACAUCGAACUGCUGGGCUACGAGAAAAGGUUUUUCCCCAGCCAGCACUAUGUCUACAUGUUCCUGGUGAAGUGGAAUGACCUCUCUGAAAAGGUUGUCUACCGCCGCUUCACUGAGAUAUAUGAGUUCCACAAAGCGCUGAAGGAGAUGUUCCCCAUUGAAUCCGGGGACAUCAACAUUGAGAAACGGAUCAUCCCACACUUGCCAGCCCCAAAAUGGUUUGAUGGGCAGCGCUCAACUGAGAACAGGCAGGGCACACUGGCUGAGUACUGCUACACACUGGUGAACCUACCCCACAAGAUCUCCCGGUGUCUGCAUGUGGUCAACUUCUUCAAGGUCCGUCACGAUGACAUGAACCCUGUCACAGACAGCCAGAUCAAGAAGCCUGAGGUCUUCCUCCUGCCAAAGGAUUCCAAGAAAAGCCCCACUGACAUCACGGGCCCCAUUGUCCUGCAAACGUACCGAGCCAUCGCUGACUAUGAGAAGAGCUCCACAUCUGAGAUGGCUCUCAAGGCUGGGGACAUGGUGGAUGUCGUGGAGAAGAGCGAGAACGGCUGGUGGUUUUGUCAACUGAAGAAUAAACGAGGCUGGGUACCUGCUGCGUAUCUGGAGCCACUGGAUGGUCCCGAUGAGUCUGAAGAGCAGGAGCCUAAUUAUGCAGGUGAAGCGUACGUGGUCCAGAAAAGCUACACUGCUGUGGAAGAGGAUGAGCUGACCCUCAAGGAGGGUGAUACCAUUGAAGUCAUCCACAAGCUCCUUGAUGGCUGGUGGGUCAUCAGGAAGGACGAAACCACAGGUUAUUACCCCUCCAUGUACCUGCAGAAAGCCGGGGAGGUGAACACCUCUGUGAAGAGUGAACUGAGGAACCGGGGCGCUCCUCCACGGAGAUCCACCAUCCGAAAUGUGAGGAGCAUCCACAAGCAGGGCCGGAAACAAAUCAGCCAGGAGACCUACAGGAGGAACAGCAAGAAGUACAUCCAGAACCAGCGGAAAAUGCGGGGGAAUUCCCAGAACAAGGCCAAUGUCAUCAUUGAGAAAAAUGAGCCAGAGGACAACAAGCCCAAGGCUCAACCUGCUGUUCCUCCCCGUCCCAGCAAGGACCUUAUCCUGAACCGCUGCACCGAGAGCACAUGGAGGAAGAUCCUGUGAGGAUCCUGUGAGCCCCACACCAGCCACCCAAAGCUUCACCUCCUCCAGCUCCAGUGCAGCUAGGGCUAGGAGCCGGACCAGGGAUCCAGGUGGCUCUGGCAGCCGCCUCAGCCCAGGGAGGCUGCGGCCAGAUCAGCCCAGCCCAGCGCCCUUCCUCGUCCUCCACCUCAGCCAGCCCACGGUGUCCUGAUAGCACUUCGAGGAGGGACCAGCCCUGCUCUACCAGCUCCUUACAAGCACCAAGUCCUCAUCUCUACAUGCCCUUCUAUCACCUCUUCGUAUUUUGAAUUAUUUUUGUGGUUUUCAUCAAUAAAGGAGAGACACUUGAUAGUCCCUGAG